UCUUCGCCCUUGUACCCUUCGUCGCAAUGACCCAACAAAUCACACUGUACACCUCAGUUAUCUGCCCGUUCGCGCAUCGCGCCGAGAUUGCACUCGAGGAGACGGGACUCCCCUAUAAGCGCUUCGAGAUCGACCUGAGCAACAAGCCCGAGUGGUACCCGAGCGUCAAUCCCGUAGGCCAGGUCCCAGCAAUCACCUACGGCGGCCCCGACGUCCCGCCCGACCAGCCCUCCCCCGAGUCCACCAAGAUCGCCGAAUCCCUCGUCAUAAUCGACUUCUUCAACGAGCUCGCGCCCAACCACCCGCUCCUCCCCUCCGAUCCCGUCCUCCGCGCCAAGGCGCGCUUCUUCAUCGAGGCCUUCUCCAGCCGCUUCUUCCCGCAGUGGUACGCGUCCGUCCUCAAGGGCGAGGGGUUCGACAAGCUGUACGACGCGCUCGAGGGGCUGCAGGCGUUGUUGCCGAAUUCGAAGUCGGGUACCACGAGUGGGAAGUACGCUAGCGGGAAGUACGCGGUGGGGGACGAGUAUACGCUAGCGGACGUCGCUGCGGCGCCGUUCUUUGCGCGGUUGGAGGUCGCGCUGAGGGAGGAUGUGGGCGGGUUUGCGGAGGGGGAGGGGCCGAAGGCGUAUAAGGUGCUGACGGAGGAUGCGCGGUUCGCGCGGUGGAGGGAGUAUUUUGCGAAUUUGAAGGAGCGCGAGAGCUUCAAGAAGACAUGGGAUGAGGAGAAGUAUAAGGAGAAGUUCGCUGCGCGCAUCAGUGGGGCCAGGAAGGCGUGAGGCCAAGCCUGUCCAUGAUUGUUCGUCCGUUGAGAACACACAUGGAGGAACUCGUAGAGUUGGUCGGCGAGGAGCCAUGUUGGAGGGAGGUUGUCGUCAACAAGGCUGAAUUUGAUGGGUACUAUGAGCACCUUGUCCAAAAAUUCGUAUGCAAGCAGGGUUCUCCAGAGAGACUGAAAAAAUUUAAUUGGUGCGCUUCUAGCCAGUGACAUAAGCUGGUCGGAUACUCCAGGUGGCG